UUUCAAGUAUUUAUCAUCCUAGGUUUCUUGUGAGCGAGAGUCAGUGCUGAGAAGCUCUCUCUCUCUCUCUCUCUCUCUCUCUCAGGCUGUGCAUAUUCUUAAAUAGCUGGAGCUUAGCGUUGUUACGGUGGCCGACGCUGAUCGCAGAUACUUGCCCUAAAUGGCCUUGGUUACAACUGCUGAAGUUUGUGAUGCAAACUCACAACUAAUUGCGAGCGGCGAGCUCCGGGCACUCCAGCCAAUUUUUCAGAUAUAUGGCCGUCGACAGGUGUUCUCCGGACAAAUAGUUACCCUCAAGGUGUUUGAAGACAAUGUGCUGGUUCGCGAGUUGCUUGAGGAGAAAGGCAAUGGCAGAGUUCUUGUUGUGGACGGUGGUGGAAGCUUGAGAUGUGCUAUAUUGGGUGGUAAUCCUGUAGUUCAAGCUCAGAACAAUGGAUGGGCAGGGAUAGUGGUGAAUGGAUGUAUAAGAGAUGUUGAUGAGAUUAAUGGAUGUGACAUUGGGGUGAGAGCUUUGGCCUCCCAUCCAAUGAAAGCUAAUAAGAAGCGGCACGGAGAGAAGCAUGUUCCAAUAAGCCUUGCAGGGACAAGGAUCCGAGACGGCGAAUGGCUCUAUGCAGACACCGAUGGAAUUCUGAUUUCUCCAACUGAGUUAUCUGUCUAAACCAUUGAAAGAGAGAUAGUUUUCGAUACAUGAUCAUAUGCUGCGAGUUUGUUUUCCUGUAAUGCUCUGUAAGUUUACUUCGUGUCCUUGAGUUAUCUGUAUUAGCUUGAACCCGCAAUAAUGGUAAUCUGGUUUUGAUAUCUAUUUCAUGUUCAA